UCGUGCAUGGGCAGGGUACUACCGUAUUAGGCAACACUUUAAGCUCCGGUUCAAUGACACGGUUACAUCGACCGUGGAAGCAAUCCGGUAUAUGACCCAUUGUCGGACCUGAAAACCAAUCCAUCUAACAGCAACAAAUAAACAUUCGUCAGCUUCCCAACGCGAUUGAGCAUGUCUGAAACCACUCCCCGCAUCCUGGUCAUCGGAGCCGGGUCCCGAGGAUCGUCCUACUCCAAAAAGCUGAUCUCCAAUGUGUCCGACAAGGAUAACCUUGGGAGAAUCGUGGCCAUCGCAGAAAUCAACGAUUGGCGAAAAAAUGAUUUUGGGGCGAAAUACAUCUGGGGAAACAGAAGUCCGAAGAAGGCCGAGUCGUUCAAGAGCUGGGAAGAUUGGGUGGUGUAUGAGAAGGCGCGGCGGCUCAGACAGGGCUAUGGGCAGAGCACGAGCGCAAUUGACGCAGGCGGGGAUGAGGAUGUCGUCGUCAACACGGUGUUCAUCUGCGUGCAGGAUGCGAUGCACACCGCCGUUAUCCAGGCAGUCUGGCCGCUGGGGGUUCACAUCCUCUGCGAGAAACCGCUGGCAACGCGGUUGAAGGACGUCAACGACAUUCACGCGUUGAUCAAGGCCCGACAGAUGGAAGAGGUGGAGAAGCAGAGAGUCUUCGCGAUCUGUCAUGUGCUGAGGUAUAGCCCGCAUAACAUGAUGCUGCGAGAUCUAGUCGUGGAGCAGAAAAUUAUAGGAGAGGUUCUGAAUGUCGAGCAUACGGAGCCGGUAGGGUGGUGGCAUUUUUCGCAUAGCUAUGUUAGAGGCAAUUGGCGACGGGAGGACCGAACAGCGCCGUCCCUCCUGACAAAAUCCUGUCACGACCUUGAUUUUUUGCUCUGGUUACUCUCCACGCCACCUCGGGACAACGGGGACGCAACGUCCACGCGAGAGCCUCAUCUACCCGCUCGCGUCUCGUCUACUGGUCGACUCAACUACUUCCGCCGUGCUAGAAAGCCCGCCGCAGCUGGGAACGCCACCAAUUGCCUGCAAUGCCCCAUUGAGCCAUCCUGCAAAUUCAGCGCAAAGAAGAUCUACCGGGAUCAACAGUUUUCAGAGGGGAAUAUUAAUUGGCCGGUGGAUAUCGUCGUCCCUGAGAUUGAGUCGUUUUAUGCGAAAGGUCAAGGAGUCGCGGAGACGAAGCUUCUCGACGUUUUGGCGGAAGAUUGGUCGGUAGAUAUGCCGGAGGAAGAGGUGAAGAAACGAAACUGGUUUGGACGCUGCGUCUGGGAAUCGGAUAAUGAUGUCUGCGAUGAUCAGACCGUCGUGCUCGAGUGGGACGACGUCCUGUCCAGUGAUGGCUCUAUCCAACAGGGCAAAGCAGCCAAAUCGGCGACGAUGCAUAUGACCGCCAUGACCGAAAAGAUCUGCGAGAGGAGAGGGAGGAUAUACGGCACGGAGGGCGAGAUGGAAUACGACAGCGAUACGAUCACCGUCCACAACUUUGCUUCGGGCAAGUCCACUACCUAUAACCCUGCCCACGGAGGUAGUGGUCAUGGAGGAGGGGACAGUGGCCUAAUACGGCAGUUCCUUAAGGCUGUAUCAGCUGCUCUGAGUGGAACCAUGAGUGUCGAAGAAGCACAGAGCGUGCACCUCGGGUGUUCUCCUGAUGAUAUUGUGAGGAGCCACGCGUUGGUGUUUGCGGCCGAGGAGGCACGACUGAAGCGAAAGGUAGUGGACUGGGCAAGUUGGUGGGAUGCACGAGAUGGCUUAGGGGCGGAAGUCACUAACCAUCAGUUGGUGAAGAACUGAUUCCGACACCUGUACAAGAUGGUGAGAUUAAUGGGGCGAGAUGAAAGUUCAAAUAUCUCGGAUAACUUUGCGGCAAGAGCAUAAUUUGGA